AUGCACUUUUCGGCUUCCUUUCAAAUAGCUUUACUUUCUUUCGCGAGAGUUAUCACAGCAGCGUCGGAGUCUUUUGGCUUUCUGGGCAUCCAUUCAGGAACCGAUCUACAGUUCUCUUCCGUUUACAAUGAGAACGGGAAUCUCAUGAUAGGUUCCGGAGAGAACGGCGUCUCUGGCAUAGUCACCGAUGAUGGUUCUGUUAGGUUGGACGGCAAUACUUACAUCACCGUCGCCUCCGACGGGACGAUGAAAGAAGGCACUCAGGCAGAGAGCGCUUUGGGUUUUUCGAUUCAAAAUGGCGAUUUAGCGUACAGGGGAUCGGAGGGUUUCUACGCUAUUCCGAUUGGUAGUGCAUAUCUCUUCUCGACUGCUCGUGGCAAUGGGUCUAUCGGUGUACUGAUUAAGGCCGUCUCUAACGGACAAUCUAUACCAGAUUUUACGCCAAACGGUCAAAACGGUACAUCGAGUUCUGCGACCACGACGAUGGCACCUACCUCCUCUGGUGAUUCCACAGUCAGCACCUGGCUCCCCAAUUACAAUUCUACAGCAUACUACCCAGACAACAAUGCCACGGUGACAACAAGGACUCAGACUUCCAUAAAUACUGCAACGGAAACAUGCACCACAUGUCCAACAAUUUUACCCACUGAAGGGGGUGCAAAUUGCGUUGUUCCUGGUAUUGCAGCUGGUGCAGUCGCUGCAGUCGCUGCCUUGCUGUUAUAA